AUGACAAUACUGCCUCUCAGCUUCAACUGCUGUACGGUGGCCGACACCAACUUCUUCGACCUACCGAAGCCGAGUCCGAUCGCCUUUAUCUCGACCGUCCCUUCGCCUACCUCGACCCUGAAAGUGCUCAAAACGCCCACCGUGGCCGAUGGUAGCACAUUCCUUCGCUCCCGUACCACAGUGAGCCAGCUGUCUACAUCAGCGUCUGGACCGCCAUCACGGACGAAGGCGUCCACCUUGCACUCGGUGGCCACUCGUGUCAGCGUCCGGACUAAUGAACGUGGCUCCACCUCCACCGUAACGCAGGUCGUCACCGUAACCCCGGCUGCCGAUGGAAACCACCCAGCAGCUGGCGGAGAUACCGUAAAUCGUGGUCACGUCAUCGGCGCGGCGGUCGGCGGAAUCUCUUUUCUCAUUCUCGCGUCGGCCAUUGCUUACUGCGUCCGCAUCAAGCGUCAAAGAAAGAAACGCAACGAAUGUUACAGAAGGGAGGAUGUUGCUGAAAUGUGUGGAGCUGGACCUCCUUCUGGAGCACUUCAGUCGAAAGAGAUUAGCAGCAGGAGCGAGCUCGAUGCUCCACGGGACAGUUCCAACGGACCGCCUCUGAGCACAUUGUCGCGUCACUACCCCAUCCCAGAGGCGGAGCAAUUGGCUGCGCCUCGAGGGCAGACGGCGGAACUGCAAGGUAGUAUGCCGGCGAGAGGUGAGCUGGUUUGA